GCGGGGGGCACGUCAAUACUCCUCUCACACUCGCGUUCACUUACUUUCAAGGCACAUGUAGCCUCCAAACUCCCUUCACUCUUUCUCAUUUCUCCAGUGGCGUUUUCUUAGCUUUUUUUUCCAAUGAAUACAUGUCCUACGUGGUCUAAAUGUAGUAUGAGUGUGGAUAACGGAGACAAAGAAAUCAAAAGGAAAAUGUUCCAUUAGUAAUUUUGGGGUUUUUAACGCCGGCGUUUUUUUUCGCGGAGCGUCUGUAGUGAGUGACGCGUGAUUGUUACUCAUAUAUGGGACUGUGCUCGCACCAGCAGUAAAUCCAGUGAGGAUGACACCUCAUACUCAGCGGCAAGACUCUCAAGAAAGUUGGAAACUGAACACUGGAGCAUCCAGCGCUGCUUAGUACAGUACAAUACGGGAAACCAAGCUUCCAGACGCGUUGUUUAGUCAAAGCAAGUAGGAAUACUCACUGAUGCGCACGAUCCGGGAAAACUGUUGAUCCUUUUUUUAUCAAAGUGGGAUAUUAGGAUUGGAAACUGAGCACGUACAUUGGAUGCGUUACUUUUGAUGUCUCCGAUCAGCACAGCUGUAAAGGUUUCAACUUCCUGUGAUAUAAUCACACCAUGCCUGAGGGGGCGGGCCGCGACAGCCAGAAAAAAAACAGCAACCAAGCUGCCAAACGCCCCUCCUCUGUGUCCUCGCUGAGUGGGAUCGUGAGCCGCAUGGCCUCCUCAGGGGGCGCGUCCCGUGGGAGCUGCACCUCUGUUAACACGGUGUGCUCUGACAGUGACCGUGGAGCCAGUCUGAGCUCCUCUGCUUCAUCUGCCUCGCUGCAGGAUGGGCACUCUUCCUCUUCUUCCUCAUCCCUCCCCUACGGAGCCGUGCCGGCCUAUCCCGGGCCACAGCGUAAUGGCUCUGACAUCAGCCUGGACCUCACCCCUCUCUCCCUGCUGACGGGAGCUGGUCCCCUCGCCACAUCUACAACACCACUGCCCAAACUCACUCGUCUGGAGAGGGUGGCGCUGGAGAUAGUGGAGACCGAGCAGGCCUACGUGAGGGACCUCAAGAGCAUUGUGGAGGACUAUCUUGGCUGCAUUAUCGACUGUGGCGACUUGCCUCUCAAACCAGAGGAGGUCAGCACUCUCUUCUGCAACAUCGAGGACAUCUAUGAGUUUAACAGUGAGCUUUUGGAAGAUCUGGAGCGUAGUCCACACGCGGCAGCCAUAGCAGAGUGCUUUGUGGAGAGGAGUGAAGCUUUUGACAUUUACACCAUAUACUGCAUGAAUUACCCCAACUCUGUAACAGUCCUGCGGGACUGCAUGAAGAACGAGAGCCUGGUGCGCUUCUUCCAGGAAAGGCAGGCCACGCUGUGUCACUCCUUGCCUCUGGAGACUUACCUGCUGAAACCGGUGCAAAGGAUUCUUAAAUACCACCUCCUGCUGCAGGAACUCUCAAAACACUUUGAUAAAAGUGAUCCUGGGUAUGAGGUGGUGGAAGAUGCCAUUAUAACCAUGACAGCAGUCGCCUGGUACAUCAAUGACAUGAAGAGAAAACAAGAACAUGCUGUCAGACUGCAGGAGAUUGAGAGCUUGUUACUAAACUGGACUGGGCCUGAUCUCAGUGGUUUUGGAGAGCUGGUACUUGAAGGUUCUUUCCGGGUUCAGCGUGUGAAAAAGGAAAGAGCAUUCUUUCUUUUUGACAAAAUGCUUCUCAUUGCCAAGAAGAGGCUGGAUCAUUUCAUCUACAGCACUCACAUAUUUUGCUGUAAUCUGCUCUUAGUGGAAAACAUGAAGGAUCCCCUCUGUUUUAAGGUGUCUGACCAAACGAUCCCAAAACAGCAACACGUAGUUCAGGCUAAAAAUCAGGAGGAGAAGCGUCUGUGGUUACAUUACCUCAAAAGGAUGAUAGUGGAAAACCAUCCUGCAUCCUUACCCCAAAAAGCAAGGCAGGUUCUUGGUGACAACUUCUGUCAGUCCCCACAGUUUGAUCAAGAGCCGAUAAGAAAACCAAUGCCUUCUCCACGACUGGAUGAUGUUCAUAACUACCACAGGGGAAGAAGACAAUCAGAGCCACCAGAGUUCAUCUACACCCCUGAGAAAGCCAAAAAAAGCCUUCCACUCCUCUUAGAGGGUAACCUGCCAUACAAGCGUGGGAGGAGACAGUCUGCACCUGCCAAAGACAUCGAAGCUGCGUUCCAGCAAAGUGGGUCUUUAAAGGUGUGAGAGAAUUUCAUUUCCUUCCAUUAAACAUUAUAUAUCAUAUAACCUUAACUGUGUCAUUUUUGCAACCUUGUAGCAAUGGGCUUUGUUUAUACUUUUG